CUAGAAAGUUGAGAUUUGGAGACAGAAUUAUAAUCAUAUCAUAAAUUCAUCAUCGUCACCUUCUUUUUGAAACCUAUAAAUUCUUUUCUUUUUCUAUAGGAGUUAGUACUAUAUAUACUCCUCUUUUGCACACUUCUAUGCUCAUAGAAAAACCUUAAUUUGCUUGCCUCUUUUCUUACUAGCAAUGUCUCAUUUCAUUCAUCCUAUGAACUUACAGUCUUAGUUUCCAAUAUUAUCAAUCAUUUUAUCAUAUAUCUUUUUUGUUUCUUUUACAUCAUGUUUGUUUGAAACCCGAAAGAUUAACUCAUCAUCUAUAUUACUUUUACCAAUUGCUUCCAAUUACUUUACAGUUUACACCCUCUUCCUUUGACUACAAAAAUCCAUUAAUCUCUCUUCCUUUUUGUCUUUGCUUUGUUCUUACAAAAAGAAUGAUGGACUCUACUGACCACAAUGAUCAGCUUCAAAGUCCGACUGCCUCCUUCAAGAACACUGCCAUUUCGUCCGUAACACCCAUUUAUUUUCAACAAACUCAUUUCCCUAUCAUGCAUUCAAUCAGUCACCAUCUAGCUGCUAAUGAAAAUGAACAAGGAAUGAAGAAGGAAAUGAGUGGGCAAACAUUGCGAUGGAGUCCGACGCCGGAGCAGUUAUUAACCCUAGAAGAACUGUAUCGUUGUGGAAUGAGAACACCAACAGCACAGCAGAUCCAGCAAAUUACUACACAGCUUCGAAGGUUUGGGAAGGUUGAAGGGAAGAAUGUGUUCUACUGGUUUCAGAAUCACAAAGCCAGGGAGAGACAGAAACUUAAUGGUUGUAGAUUAUCUUAUCGGUCUAAAGAACGACGUCGUCGACACUAUUGUACUAACAAAUGCCAGAUUGAAAUGAAAGAACCAUCUCCAGUCUCGAGAAGGACAGGUCUUGAAGUUGAGCAGACAAAGAAAUGGACACUUUCAAACUGCAUUGAAGUUUCACAGGAAUCUGCUUCGGUGCAUAGAGUAGCAAUAUCAGAAACAGGUACAACAAAUGGUAGGAUUCAAUUUGAUCAGCUGCUGGUACAACAGAGAAAGAGCACAGAAGAAGAAAAGCAGGCCUUGAAGCAACCUAUACAUAUGUCCUAUUCUUCCCCUACUAAUCCCACGACAAUGUCAGUGAUAUUUAACAAUCAGGUCUUUAAUCUACAGGACUUUAGCAAAGUAUUAAAACCCAAUACAGGAAAUUUCAACAGUUUGGGAAGCAAUGAAAAUAGUUCAGAAACUCAAACUACUCUUGAGCUCUUUCCACUUCAGAGCAAUGUUGGUACUGUUAAUGGUUCUGUUCAGCCUAUAAGCACCAAACCAGAAACUACAAUUACUUCAGUGAUAUUAGACACAAAGGUAGUCUUGGAAAUGCAGGAUUUUGGAAAAUUAUUAAUACCCAAUACAGGAAAUUUCACCAGUUUCGAUGGCAAUUAUGACAAUGAGAAUACAGAAAUUCAAACUCUUGAGCUGUUUCCACUUAGAAGUAAUGGUGCUCCUAAAGAUGACCAGUAUUCAUGAGGACACUAUUAUAUCAACUGCUCCUAAAGAUGACCAGUAUUCAUGAGGACACUAUUAUAUAAACUAUCUACUAUCUACCAGAAGAACAGAUACAGAACAGUUCCCUGAGCUUUCUUCCUUUGGAGUAUUGAUGGUUAUAUAUAUAUAUAUAUAGUGGUUAGCAAUGUUUGUAGUAAGACAGUCUUACCAUGCAUUUAAAAUAUAUAAAUUAUUAUUGGUUUGA